AUGUUAAGAAUUAUUCAUUUUCGUCCAUUUUUGUUGAAUACAUUCAUUAGAAAAACACGUCAAUUAACUGUAUUAUAUCGUCCAUUGUCUGCAGAAACAUUACCAAUACAUCAUGAUAUUGAUGAAUAUAAUCAUCGUUUUGAAAUAGCUGCACCACAUUAUGAACUUCUCGAGGUACUCAAUCAUCGUUCAUCACAAUUACAAACUUUUAUUAAAUCUACUCGUUCAUCUCGAACAUCUUCUCCAUCAUCAGAUCGAUCAAUAACUAAGACUAAUAUUCGACAACGAUCUAAUACGAAACGAAAAAUUCAAAACAAUAUUAAUAUUGAAUCAGAUUCUAUUAAGAAAGAACAACCUAUUGAAUUAGCUCGACCAAAAUCGAAUAAAACAAAAGACAAAAAGAAGAAAGAAAAAAUAAUUGUGCCAUCAUCUCCUUCUCCUCUACCAAUUCCACCAAAUCGAAUAAAUGAAUUAAGUAUAAAACUUACUCGUACAACAUCUAUUGAUGAAAAUCAACUAUCAACAAUAUCUUCUAAUAAUUUACAUGAUGAAACUUCAAUAGUUGAAGAAGAACAAGAAGAUUUACAAUCAAAUGAAACAUUACUUCCACCAUCUGAAGAAGAAAUAACAUUUAAUGAUGAUGAUAAAACAUUAAAUGAUUUAUUAAGUAGUUUACAUUCUACUAAAGUUCGUCGUUUACAUAAAUAUACAGAUGAACAAAUUAAAUUUAUGCAUGCACAUAAUGAAUUUAAUCGUAUGUUACAAGCUUAUGUAGAUGUAUCAAUAUCUAAUGGAAAAUUAAAUCAAGCUUAUCGUUUACUUGAUGCAUUAUUAGCUGAUCAAGAACGAAGACAAACAAUGAAACAACUUACUUGGCGUUAUGUAACAAAUAUACAUGUUUUUAAUGUAUUUUAUUUUGCUUAUGCAGAUAAAGGUAAUCUUAUAGCAUUACAAAAAUUAUUUGAAAAAAUGCGUAAAUAUAAUAUAAAACCAAAUCUGGAAUCUUAUGCAGCAGUUUUAAGUUGUAUUGGUAAUAUGGAUUUAUUUGAUUCAAGUGUUGCUCGAAGAGUUAUUAUUGAUCUUGAAAGAGAAGGUUUUCGUGUGGUGGAUAUAUUUAAUCUUGAUUGUUUAAAUCAUGAACAUAUACAAAGAAUUUUAAAAGUUUUAAAAACUUUUCGACCAAAUUUUGAAAUUCCAAUGCGUUCAUCAGAUGUGAAUAAUAAACUUUUGAAUAAUAUUUAUCAACAACCAUCUCUAACAAUCUCAACAAGAUAUCAAGAUUUUAUAUCAAAUCUUGAAAAACAAUUAACAAUAGGAUUUUUAACUGAAUUAGAAAUAUUAAAAAGAAAAACAGAGAAAAAUUCUGAAAUAAAUAUUAUUCCAUUUCUUGAAAUAUUUGAUGUUAAAGAAUAUGUUAAUUUAAUGUUAAAGGAAGUACAGCGACAUUGUUAUGCAUCAGAAUUUCAUUCAUCACCAUUUAUAACUCUUUGUGUAUCACUUGGUAAACAUUUAUAUCAAAAAUAUUUAUGUCAAAUUCGACAAAAAAAUGGUUAUAUUGAUAAACUACGUCUUUUAUAUGAUGAAUAUACAAAACAUAUUAUUACAAAUCAAAGAUUUAUUAUUAAUGAAAGACAAAAAUGGAAUGAAAUAACUAAAGAAAAAUUUGCUUAUAUGGAUCGUAGUGAUCGACGAUGGACAUUUACACAAGUAUUACAAAUUGGUGAAUUUCUCUAUGAUGUUAUGUUAAAACAUAUGAAACUUCGUGUACCAUUACUUACUAAAAAAGAUUCAUCAGUAAAAACAUCAAAUAAUUCAAUUUUGUACGUCGUCUAUCGAUCUUCGGGUAAAUCUACUGAAAAACAAAUUAAAAUUCAUCCAAAUGUUCUAAAUUUCUUUUCAUAUAUUCCUGAAACUGAUCUUGACUUUAGUUGUAUUGAAUUACCAUGUCUUGUUCCUCCACUUCCAUGGUUAUUAUCAACAAUGGGUGGUUAUUUAUUAACACAAACUGAUUUUGUUCGAUCACCUGUAACAGCAGCUGGACAACAAGAUGCUCGUCUACGAUCUACAUCUGUUGAAAAAAUUGGUGGUUUACUUGAUUCAAUAAAUGUUUUAAAUAGUUGUGCAUGGAAAAUUAAUGGUGAUGUACUGGAUCUUUUAAUGGAUAUUUUUCAACGUGGUGGUAAUCGUCAUUUAUCUGUACCAGUUACUGUUAAUAAUGCUAAACUACCUGAAUCACUUCCACUUGAAAAAGGUUUAUCAAUUGAUGAACGAAAACGAAGAGAAAUUGUUUUAGCUCAAACAAAAAAAAUGAAAGCUGAAAUUUUUUCAUUAUGGUGCUAUGAACUUUAUCGUAUAUCAAUUGCUAAUCAUUUUCGUAAUGAAAUCUUUUGGUUUCCACAUAAUCUUGAUUUUCGUGGUCGUGUUUAUCCUAUUCCUCCACAUUUCAAUCAUCUAGGCAGUGAUAUUGCACGUAGUAUUAUUCUAUUUGCUGAAGGCAAACCAUUAGGUGUUAAUGGUCUUCGACAACUGAAAAUUCAUUUAGUUAAUUUAACAGAUUUAAAGAAAAAAGCAUCUAUUGAUGAACGAGCGAAAUAUGCUGAUGAAAUUAUGGAUGAUAUACUUGAUUCAGCUGAUAGACCAUUAGAUGGUCGUCAGUGGUGGACAAAAUCCGAAGAACCAUGGCAAACACUUGCUUGUUGCAUGGAAAUAGCUCGUGCAAUACGUUCACCAGAUCAUACAAAAUAUGUUUCACAUUUUCCUGUUCAUCAGGAUGGUUCAUGUAAUGUUUUACAACAUUAUGCAGCUAUGGGUCUUGAUGAUAUUGGUGCAGCAUCAGUAAAUCUUAAACCUAGUGAUUUUCCACAAGAUGUUUAUAGUGUUGUUGUUGAUCAAGUUGAACAAGAACGUAAACAAGAUGCUGCUAAUGGUUUACAAAUAGCUAAAAUUCUUGAAGGUUUUAUUAAACGUAAAGUUAUUAAACAAACAAUAAUGACAACAAAUUAUGGUGUUACAUUAUUUGGUGCUAGACAACAAAUAGGUCGACAAUUACGUGAUAUUGAUGAAUUUCCAAAAGAACAUAUUUCAGAAGCAAGUAGUUAUUUAGCACAAAAAACAUUUAUUAGUCUACGAGAAUUAUUUCGAGAAACAAGAAAAAUUCAAGAUUGGUUUACUGAUUGUGCAAGAUUAAUUUCACGUGUACGUGAUUCAGCUGUUGAAUGGAAUACACCAAUGAAUUUACCAGUUGUACAACCAUAUUAUAGAGAAAUUCGAAUGCGACAAAAAGGCAAAGAUAUUUAUGAUAAUUUUAGUAGUUUUGCUCGUCCAAAUAAUACCAAACAAAAGAAUGCAUUUCCACCAAAUUAUGUUCAUUCACUUGAUUCAACACAUAUGAUGAUGACAGCAUUACAAUGUGCACGUAAUGGUAUUACAUUUGUAUCAGUUCAUGAUUCAUUUUGGACACAUGCAUGUGAUGUUGAUCGACUUAGUCAAUAUUGUCGAGAACAAUUUGUUUCAUUACAUAAAGAACCAUUACUUGAAAUACUUUCAAGAGAUCUACUUUCAAAAUAUGAAUUUAAAUCCAGUGAAUAUGCUCGUGCUGAUGAUAAACAAAAACAAACAAUGAAAUUAUUUAAUGAUACACUUCAACGUGUACCUGAACGUGGUACAUUUCAAUUAGAAAGUGUACUUAAUUCGACAUAUUUUUUCAGCUAA